UCCAACUGCGUUCGCUCAACAGGAACUGACGUCUCUCCUCUGUGCAAGUGGAAGGAAAAAUGCAGCUGCCGGAAAAAUGGCUCCAAACACCGCACCGUUAAAAGGUGUUUAGUUGUUUGCUUCUCAACACUUUGGUCAGCGCUGACUUAAAGUCAUCCUACUCAUGGCUCCUUCAACUUGACAGAAUGGCCCAGACUCAGAGUGGUAAUGGGUUCAAGCUGGAUGUCCCCCAGCCAAAGGGGGUCGUGGGAAAAGAGGAGGCCCUUCGUAUGGAAGAAGAGGCUUUAGCAAAACUGCAGAGGGAGAAAAGACACACUCUUUCAGUUUCAACACCCUCAUCUUACUCAAAACCGUCUAAACCUGCUACUACUACUCCUCAGCCUUCACCUUCUCUGAGUAAACCUGACAAAGAUCUUAUUGUCUUUCCGGAAACCAAGAAACAAGCAGAGCAGAACAAGUUUAAGGAUAUUGAUGUAGAUAAACUGACCAUUGAGGAGCUUGAAAAGCUUCUGCUUGAUGAAAACUUUAGCGUUAACAGCAAAGUGACUCGCCCUUCAUCGCUGCUCGGGUUUAACCUCAGUGCCUCCUACCCAGGAGGCCAUGCAUGCGGCUCCUCUCUUUUUCCAAGCAGCCAUUGGACGUCUGUUCUUCCUGCUCCAUCUAGUUCCAGUGUAUCCACUCCGACCCAUCAGCCCAGUCCAUUGUUUCCAUCUGCUCCUUUUCCCAAACCAGGCUCAUUUCAAAAUGGGUUCACUCCACCCUUCAUGGGUCUACCUCCACAGCAGCCAUCGUUCAUGACUUUACCAGCCAUCCAGCCGGCUGCUGCGCUGGUCUUCCCGCAGCCAACCGUAGACCCAGAGAUGGCCAAACUGUUCGACAAGAUUGCCAGCACUUCAGAAUACUUGAAAAAUGGGAGAUCAGCCAGUGCUGAUCCAGAUUCUUCUCAAGUAGACGCAGUCUCUCUGGCACCCAACCCCCCAUCCCAACAGCCAUCAGUGAUGGAGUCAUCUCACAUCAGCCGCUUCGACUGGCUGGAUCUGGACCCACUUACAAAACCCAAAGCUGAGAACGAGGAUGUGUCCCUUACACCUGGAGGAGCUGCACAAACAGAACCAGGAGUUUCUGCUGGGGAUCCUUGGGACGCAGUGCUCGAAACAGAAGGGAACAACAGUAGCAGCAGUCCUCCUCUGGAUGGGAACUUUUCACAAACUGUUCGCUCACAGCAAAGGAGAGCAUCAACUGGAGUGCCUGUCACUAGGAGUCACUCACUCAACAUCCCGGGAACGUUGUCCCAGCACAAAGAAAACAAUCAGGAUAAGGGAAAAGGAAAAGGUUUGGUGAAGAAUGCUGCUUUGGAGGAACAGGAUGCUCAGAACCAAGAGAGCGUUGCUUUCUGUAAAGACAUCGCAAGCCUGCGUUCCAAAUUUCCUCAUGAUGACAUGACAACCAACCCAGGCUUUGUCCUCAGCCCGGUCAUCUCCCAGAGAGAUGGUGGCGGAGCCAGCAGCUACUCUGUCAAAGUUUCUAUUGAAAUCUCUGACUCUCAGCAGCCUGUAACUUUCACCUGUGAUGUGAGUUCUCCUGUCGAGCUGUUAAUCAGUCAGACUCUCUGCUGGGUCCACGAUGACCUGGACAAGGUGGACUUCUCCAGUUAUUUGCUUAAAGUCUGUGGUCGAGAGGAAGUGCUACAGAACAAACACAGCCUGGGAAGCCACGAUUAUGUCCAGAACUGCCGGAAGUGGGAGAAUGAGAUCACAUUACAACUGCUCUCUCACUCAACUAUGAGGAGGGACUUGGCGCGCAGUGCAGAAGAUGACAACUCUCCAAUAGAUUUAGAGAAGCACCUCAGCCACAUGGAGAGGCCUUUUAGGGAGAAUGUCACCAGACAAGGCCUUGCUGACUAUUUGGAGGGCUAUCGCAGUCAAGUCAACGUCUGCUUACAGAAUGAGAGUAACCAGUACAAGGCCGUGGACCGGGUGGUGCAGUCUGUGAGGAACUUGUGCUGUGCUCUGGAUGAGGUGGAGACUCAGGCCAUUACAGAUGCAGUCAAAAGACUACGCCACUCUGUCAAUUUACCCAGGACACAUUCACCCAAGCUGGGGUCAACAUCACCUGGUCAGUCAUCAAAUACUGGCCCCAGUUCUGUGGAGGAGAGCUUGGCCUUGUUGACAAAGGGAGUCUACGACCUGGCUAAGCUCUACCUGCGCUCUUUUUGUCCUCCAUCUACAUCCACCAACUCCCCUCCUGUUGCUCAAUGUGGGGAUGAAGGGCAAUCUGUGGAGGGGACAAGCUGCAAAGAAGCUUCUGGCACCACAGAUCACAUCCAGUUCACUCUGUUUGCCUUGCACGGCAUCCCAAGCAAUUGGGUCAGCAGUUUUGAGAAGUACUUCCUGAUGUGUUCGCUCACCCACAAUGGGAAGAACCUUUUUAAGCCGGUUCAUUCUAAGAGAGUGGGCACGUACAAAAGCUUCUUCUACCACAUCAAAUGGGAUGAGCUGAUUAUUUUCCCCAUGGCGGUUGCUGUGCUUCCACUAGAGUCCAUACUCAGCUUGACCCUGUUUGGAGUUCUGAACCAGAAUGCCAGCAGCUCACCUGAUUCCAACAAACAGAGGAAAGCUCCAGAGCUUCUGGGCAAAGUCUCCAUGCCUCUCUUUGACUUCAGAAGAGUACUUGCGGGAGGCUCCAGGUUGUUAUGUUUGUGGACGUCUCCACAGGGAGCUGCUGCUGCCGGUCCUGCAAGCAACCGCAAGAGGGGAUCCACAGAAAGAAUCAUACUACAGGUGGACUUCCCAGAAUCAGCAGUGGAUGUUUUAUACGUUGGACCCAAAGAGAAGCCCAAUCCUGAGCCCCACACACUGGAGGAACUGGAUCCAGACCUCAAACGGAAGCUGGAGAAAAUCUGCAGCCGAGCCUCCAACUUUGGAUUGAAGCGGUCUGAUCACCAACUCCUAUGGGACCAUCGGCUCCACUGUCGGAGGGACCACCCCAGCAGCCUCCCCAAAGUGUUAGCCAGCGCCCCCAGCUGGGACUGGGCCAGCAUGGCUCACAUCCACUCCUUGCUGCACCACUGGCCCGCCCUGCCCCUAGUCACUGCACUGGAGCUGCUUGACUCAAAGUUUGCAGAUACUGAAGUGAGAAGUGUGGCAGUAAGCUGGAUUGAGGAAAGCAGUGAUGAUGAGCUGGCUGACUACCUUCCUCAGCUCGUACAGGCAAUAAAGUUUGAGUGUCACCUAAAGAAUGCUCUGGUCAUGUUCCUGUUAUCCAGAGCACAAGGCAACAUCAUCAUAGCCCACCACCUGUACUGGCUGCUGAAGGAUGCCAUGCAGGACCCUGCCUGGUGGUGGCGCUAUGAGCAGGUUAUGGGUUCCCUGCUGUGUCUGUGUGGAAGUAAACUGAGGGCCGAACUGGAGAAACAGACUAACCUGGUCACUUUGCUGGGAAUUGUGGCUGAGAGGGUCCGGCAGGCUGGGGGGUCCACACGGCAGGUCGCCCUCCAGGAGGGACUUGAGAAUGUUCAGAACUUAUUCCAGAGAAACCGCUGCAGACUUCCUCUCAGUCCCAGUCUGGUGGCUAAAGAGCUGAACAUGAAGGCCUGUUCCUUCUUCAGCUCCAACGCAGUUCCCCUAAAGCUGGCCUUGGUUAAUGCCGACCCUCUGGGAGAGGAGAUCAACGUCAUGUUUAAGGUGGGAGAAGACCUGAGGCAGGACAUGCUGGCUCUGCAGAUGAUUCGCAUUAUGGACCGUAUCUGGUUGCAGGAGGGGCUGGAUCUCCGCAUGGUACACUUUAAAUGUGUCUCCACUGGCAAGGACAGAGGUAUGGUGGAGCUGGUGCCGUUCUCUGACACCCUCAGAAAGAUUCAGGUAGAAUAUGGAGUCACCGGAUCUUUCAAGGAUAAGCCUCUGGCAGAAUGGCUUCGCAAAUACAAUCCUGCUGAGGAUGAAUAUGAGAAGGCAUCAGAGAACUUCAUUUACUCCUGCGCUGGCUGCUGCGUAGCGACCUACGUACUUGGUAUCUGUGAUCGCCACAAUGACAACAUCAUGCUGCGCUCCACUGGCCACAUGUUUCACAUUGACUUUGGGAAGUUCCUGGGUCAUGCUCAGAUGUUUGGCAGCUUCAAAAGAGACCGAGCUCCAUUUGUUUUGACCUCUGACAUGGCGUAUGUCAUCAACGGAGGCGAGCGUCCCACUAGUCGCUUCCAGCUGUUUGUAGACCUCUGCUGCCAGGCUUACAACCUCAUCCGCAAGAACUCUGGGCUUUUCCUCAACUUGCUGUCUUUGAUGACAUCCUCAGGCCUGCCAGAGCUGACCGGCUCUCAGGAUCUGAAGUAUGUGUUUGAUGCCCUUCAGCCCCACAACACAGAUGCUGAAGCCACCAUCUUCUUCACAAGGCUGAUUGAAUCCAGUCUUGGAAGCAUAGCCACCAAGUUUAACUUCUUCAUCCACAACCUCGCUCAGCUCCGAUUCUCUGGCCUUCCUACCAACGAUGAGCCGAUCCUGUCUUUCUCCCCAAAGACGUACACGAUGAAGCAGGAGGGAUGCAUUGUCCAUGCCUCCAUCUUCUCCUUCCAGAAGAGAUACAGUCCUGACAAGCACUAUACCUACGUGGUGAGGAUCCUCAGGGACGGUCAGACUGAGCCUCAGUUUGUUUUUCGUACUUUUGACGAGUUUCAGGAGCUUCACAACAAACUGACCAUCCUUUUUCCUCUUUGGAAGCUGCCAUGUUUUCCUAAUAAAAUGGUUCUCGGCCGCACCCAUAUUAAAGAAGUGGCAGCCAAGAGGAAGUUGGAGCUCAGCAGCUAUGUGCACAACUUGAUGAAGUGCUCAACGGAGGUCACACAGUGUGACCUGAUCUACACAUUCUUUCACCCGAUUGCACGAGACGAGAAGACGGAAGGUUUAGAGGCCACACCCAGAGCACCUGAACCUCCACCGAGUCCAACUGGUCGGGUGGAAGGUGAAAUGAAGCUCUCAAUCUCGUACAGAAACAGCAACCUCUUUAUCAUGGUCAUGCACAUCAAAGAGCUGGUUGCCGAAGAUGGAACAGAACCAAACCCGUAUGUAAAAACCUACCUGCUUCCAGAUCCACACAAGACUUCCAAACGCAAGACGAAGAUCACCAGGAAAACCAGAAAUCCCACUUUUAAUGAGAUGCUGGUGUACAGCGGCUACAGCAAAGAAACACUGGGCCUGCGAGAACUCCAACUGAGCGUGCUCAGUGCUGAAUCACUACGUGAGAAUUACUUUCUGGGUGGAAUCAGGCUCAGACUCAAAGACUUUGACCUCAACAAGGAGACGGUCAAGUGGUACAAACUGACAACCGUGCCCUACUUCUGACCCCUGACAUUCCGGAGCCGAUGCAUUUAGAUCAUGUGGGAACCGCUGCAGGGGCGACCUUACUUGAAAAUACUGGUCACCUCAGCUUUUACUUAAAAAACAGGCUUCUCCCAAACUUCUAUGGGUUUGAAUUGGUCUCAUAUUUUCAUAGAGAUGGUUAACAACAUUAUCACAUUAGAAAUGUAAGCAGAAUGAUUUUACCUUGUAACAACUGACCAUUUGCUUCACAUGACUGGUGUUGUUAGGGGCUGUGCUCAUGGCUUGAAAUCAUGUGUUAUACAUUAUCACACCCUCAGUGACCCGAUUCUGUUGAACUUUAUGAGAUUUCUUAUUCUUAUGCCGCUCUACAGGUUAUUCCCAUAUGACAUGAAUGUGUCUAGAUAAUGAACAAACCCUGAAAAAGAAGCCGCCUUUGUUUUCAUUUUUCUCACUUUGACACUAAAACAAUCUGGACUUGUUUUAAACAAUCUCCUUCUUUUGUCCCUUUUCUUAAGUGUAAUAGAGACUAAUAAUCUUUUGACACAACAGGACCAAAACAGAUUACAUUCAGAAGAGGAUUUUAAUAGACUGAUGUUUUGUAAGAAUAAAAACGGGGGAAGAUUUGUACAAAACAACGUGUCCAGCUUUUCAGCUAACAUCUCUACAUGGACUAGCACAUCCAAACAGAUCAGAGAAAAUUCACUCAUUUACAGAUUCCCGCUCAAAAAAUGUGCCAAAAUUACCAAAAAUCCAAGCAGUCUCCCUUGUAGGGAGCAUAUCAGGGUGCCUUUUUCACUCUCUCUUCUGUGAUGACCAACUUAGCCUUAUUAUUAAAUGUACUUUCUUAAUGUAAAAUGUACUUAUUAGAGAAAAUUAUAUUCUAUAGGACUUUAUUCAUAUUUCCUCCAGGGCCAGUCUGGAGUCGCACCAGAACAAAGAUUUUGUACCAGGGUUUUUUGUCCCUAAAUCAGAACUUGGCCCUUCUGUCCUGCUUAUUCCUGCUGGUUUCACACAUUGCAUCUUAAAGGGGAAACGGUAUCAUGUUCUUGUGUGUGUUCAGAUUAAUGAUUGAGGUUGCCGAAUGAAUCACGAGUCACUUCAUAUGGUUCAGAAAGUGAACCCCUCCUGGAAUCAGGACAUCGAGGCUACAGUGGGGCAAAAAAGUAUUUAGUCAGCCACCGAUUGUGCAAGUUCUCCCACUUAAAAUGAUGACAGAAGUCAGUAAUUUACAUCAUAGGUUCACUUCAACUGUGAGAGACAAAAUGUGAAAAAAAAUCCAUGAAUUCACAUGGCAGGAUUUUUAAAGAAUUUAUUUGUAAAUCAGGGUGGAAAAUAAGUAUUUGGUCACUUCAAACAAGGAAAAUCUCUGGCUCUCACAGACCUGUAACGUCUUCUGCCCAAAUGUGGUGUCAUGAUGCAGUGGCAAACGGUCAGCAGGAACUACUGCUGAAGUCCAGGAGCAGCAAGGUUUUAUAAAAUAUUCUGAAUGUUCAAUAACUGAUGUAAAGCUUCUUUACGAAAAGGGAACAAACUCCUGUGCAAAGUAAAACCUGCUUUCCUCAACACAGAACUAUAAAUCCGAGGUUAUUUUGAUGUUUCAUUUAUUGUGAGGGUUUUUACAGAUCUUUAAGACACGUAUGUCACGCUAUAAAUAUUACUGCCUUGAUUUUAGUAACUGUACAAAGACAACUAAGAGUUUGUUUUAACAUGGCCAGUUAUUUAUUUUAAUUGGUAACCUCUAGCCUGAAUGAAUUAGUGUGUACUGUAAUCCCUCAAUUUCAUAAAGCAAAAUAAAUGUUUUUGGGACAAAUGUAAA